CAACCGGGGGAGGAUCUCGCAACAUCUGAGUUGCAUGCAUGAAGCUGUGGAAACAGGGUUUCAUCUAGUCGCUGUCAAUUAAACCCAGUUAUAUUACUUUAUUUAAACCAGACAAAACACAUUUCACUUUGAAUUCAGAUACUAUAAUAAAUCAGGUCUGAUACGCAGCACGUUUCUGUGAAUGAACACAGACUUGAGUUUCUAACUUCACGGGAUUCCACUUGAGAUGAAAGCGGGCGUGCUUCACUGCCGGUGUGCUAAAUGUUUCACAGUGCCAUCUCGGAAGCGGGUGCGCAAGAGAGUGCCCACCCUAACACUGCUCUCUCUGCCUGAAGAGAUCAUUUUGUAUGUGUUGCAGUGUCUCUCAGCUGAAGAUAUUUUGGCCAUCAGAGCUGUGCACUCUCGCCUGCGAGAUCUGGUAGAUGGUCAUGCCAGUGUGUGGGCAAGGGCUGGCUUCAAGGACCAAUGGCCUGCACCUAAAAGCAUUUGGCUUUUUGAAAGGGCUGCAGAAAGAGGAAAUUUUGAAGCUGCUGUGAAAUUAGGAAUUGCCUACUUGUACAAUGAAGGACCAUCUUUGAGUGAUGAGGGGAGGGCUGAUGUGUGUGGAAGGAAAGCAUCUCAUUACUUCAGUUUGGCAGAGGGCUUGAGACCACCGUCUGCCGAUCCCUUUGUCUGGGUGUUCAUUCGGCCACCCUGGUCCCCGUCGGGCAGUUGCUGCAAGGCUGUGGUGUAUGAGCGCCUACAGGCUGAGUGUGACGCUAACUUGGAAAGGAGAGGAGCUUUACUACACUGUCUGGCUAGAGUGCUCCAGCUCUUUGAUGAUGAGGAGAAGCGAAAGGAGGCUCUGCAGAUGCUUGAGAUGUCUGCGUGUAGUGGAUGCGUGCAGAGUGCCUACCUGCUAUGGGAGCAUAAACGACGCUUAGCAAUGACAGACCCAGGCCGUUAUCUCCAGUGUAUGCGAACACUCAGGGACUAUGCUGCCAAAGGAUGCUGGGAAGCACAGUUGUGUCUGGCUAAGUUGUGCAUCAGUGGAAACCCACUGGGUUUAGAGCUGCAGGCUUGCACCAACCUUGUGGCCCAACUGUUUCACUCCAGCCAGUUACCAUGGAGACGAGCAGAGGAUUUGCUAAGGCAGGGACUCAAUGACACUAUGAGGUACAUCCUGGUGGACUGGCUGGUGGAGGUGACCACCAUGAAGGACUUCUCCAGCCUGACGCUGCAUGUGACUGUGUGUGCUGUGGACCGUUACCUGGCGCUGCGCUCUGUGCCCAAAGCCCGUCUCCAGCUAUUAGGCAUUGCCUGCAUGGUGAUCUGCACAAGGUAUGUUAGUAAGGAGAUCCUGACCAUUCGGGAGGCGGUGUGGUUGACUGAUAACACAUAUCAAUAUGAGGACCUGGUCAGGAUGAUGGGAGAAGUGAUUGCAGUACUUGGGGGCAAGAUCCGUACUCCCACUCUAGUGGACUACGGGGAGGUGCUGCAGUCCCUGCUGCCCAUGGAGCGGCGCAGUGUGCACUUCUUCUGCUACGUCUGUGAGCUGUCUCUGCUCUACGCCGUCCUGAGCGCCAUUCCACCUGCACGCCUGGCCUGUGCCGCCCUGCUACUGACGCGUGCACUGCACCACUACGCUCCCGUUUGGCCCUCACUUCUGGCUGAAAACACUGGCUUCAGUAGUAAAGAGCUGGUCCCCACUGUCAUGAUGCUUUAUGUCAAAUGCUUCAGUCAGGAUGUCCCUAAAGACUAUAGGCAUGUGUCGUUGACGGGAGUCAAGCAGCGCUUUGAAGAUGAAAUGUAUCAUCAGAUCAGUAAAGAGCCGGUGAUGGGCUUGUCUGAGCUGUGCCACAUUUUGGAAGUUCCUGAGGUUCAGGCUCAGAUGGGGCCCCUGACUCUCAGUGCAGAACCAGCGGAUAUACACACAUUCCUCUCCUCUCCUUCCAGUCACAGCAAGAGGCGGAGAGAGGAGAGCAUGCAGAACCACAGGAGCAGCUUUCUGGCCACACCCACGGCAGAGCUGUCCACUCAGGAGGAGGCGCUGUUGGGGGACAUCCUCGAUUGGAGCUUGGAUACGUCCAGUUCGGGCUACGAGGGAGACCAGGAAAGCGAAGGAGAAAAGGAUGCUGAGACCACGGGUGUGACGAUGCAGUUGCAGCUGGAAGCAGAGCCUACUGACUCUCGAGCACACUGUCGUGCCCUCUCCAGUGACGAUGACAGCUUGAACGAGGGAGACACUGGUGACGAUGUGUCACGGAGAGGCGAGAGCAACAGCAAGCAGUGCCCUCAUGAACCGCGCAGCUCAGACCCUCACCCUCUUUCCACCACAGUCACCCACUCCUCCUCUCUAGUCACCCACUCGGCUGAUAUCCACAGCUCCGGCUACUCUUCUGUCCAAAGUUCCAGUCCCUCCUCUUCCUCGCUGCUGCCCUGCUCCCUCUCUUCGGUGCCUUCAUCUUCCUCACCCCCCAACCAUGUGCCUGGGUUUCGUCUGCUGGUUCCAGCGCAAGGACCUGUUCGUAGACAAGUGAAACGGAAGAAUGGAGCAGCACACAGCGGUGAGGAAAGAGAGGAGGAAGAACAGGAGGAGGAGGAGGAGGAGGAAGGAAGAGUCUCGCGUGUGACUUUUUUGAGCCUGUGAGAUGAUGCACUGUACCCUUCACUCCUCAGAAGCACUUUGGUUUUGUAAAAUACUAUGAAUGAGGAGUUUAUCAGGUGCCAGGAAGAAAUAUUUGCACCUCAUUCUGUGCAUUAGCACCAUCCAAUGAUCAGCUUUAUAGUGUUUUUAUGUUUUUUUUUAUAAAGGGAAUAGAGAAUCCCUACACCUGUCACAUUUCACCUGCCGUGUAUUUAAUGGGAGGACUUGCCAGCUGUUAGAACUCGUAGGGAGGUCAACACUGGAACUUACUCCUGUUGUCAGGUUUGUUUCUUACACUGCGAUCCCUGUUGCCUCAGCACGCUUAUUUUCACACAGACUGUUGUAACCAGACCAUCAACCUCAUGAAACCCUACAGGGCUCUUUCAGCUUUGUAAUCUGUUCUGAUGUCAAACAAUAUAUUUGUAUGAAUAUAUUUUUCCACUCAUGAAAGGAUCCACAAUGUGCAGUAUUGUUACUCUUGUGUUUGACCUGUGCAUAGACCAGCUCAGGCUCUAAAAGCACAGUGUUUUAUGGUUUGGAAGCAGCUUCUGUAGGUUUUUAUUAUCACAUGUACUGCCUUAAUGUGACAUGAGUCAUAGGUACUGCAGGGAGAUAGCCUACAGUAAACUCAGACGACAACACAAUUUUGUCUCAGAUCAUCCAUACACUGUAGAUAAAUGCCUAAAGAAGGCCUGUACUUUUGUCUUUUAAUUUAGUUUUUGUUUUGUUUUUAAAGUAAUGUCAGGAUUCAGUUCUUUUCAUAGUCAAGUUGUGUGCAGCAGGCCGAAACUACAAAUCACUAACCUCACUGUCAGGAGCAGUUAUCCACAUAGGAAGGUAUAGCUGAUAUUCACAGUCAUCAAUUUAUACAUGCUGGAUGUUAGCUGCUGGUGGGAUUCAUUUUGGGGGAGUUUGUGUAUUGCUGAAGCAUCAGAAUGACAAAUACUCCUGUUUCAUUUAUUUUUGUUUACAUUUCUUGUGUAAUUCUGUACAUUUGGAGAACAGUGCUACAUCAGGUGUACAGUAUGUCACCAAAGUUUAUAAAAUACGGAUAUCAGUAAUAUAAUGAUUAUAUAAAUAUCUGGAAUGGGCAGUUCCUCAGCUCCAAAAGAGUGUUGGGUAAAAACCUUUGCCAUGCUGACACAAUCAACCAUUAGUGUGCAUCCUAAUGCUCUAUGUUUUGCAUGAGGCUAAUCUUGACUCUUGCGUAACACCCAGGUGCUAUAUCUCAAAAAAUAUUUUGUGGAUUAAGAAGUGAUGUACUGUAUGUCCAACUGGGCAGCUUUGUCUCAAUAUAUAUAUAUA